UAUGUAAUGGUAUUUGACCUAUCACUACAACAAAACAUAGUGAAUUCUAACCAAUUUUCUGACCACUUAAGUUGGUCAAAACCGUUUCCGACCAUAAACUGAUCAUUUAAUGACGAUCUGAAUAAAUGGACAAAAAGUGGUCGGAAAUUACUGACCAAAAAAAUUGGUUAAAAAAUGGUCAGUAAUUUGUGACUGAAUUUUGACCACUUUAUAAUUGUCAGAAUAUUGGCCAGAAACUAAUCAGAAAGUGGGCAGGUAUUUUAAAAAGUUUAGCCGUCCCCAACGGUUCGGACAGUGGUCGGAAAAUGAUCAAAAAAUAUGAUUUUUCAUUUAGUUUGCAAACUAGCCGUUAGUCGUAUAUCAUCUAUAUAAGGCAUUUGAUUCAUUUGCAAUCUACAGACAGAUUCAAAGUCAAGAAAACAACACUGAAAAUGUCUUCACAUAUUUUUAACUUUCGUAGAUGGAUGUACGAUCAAUGGGAUUCAAAUGGGCAAAUUUCAAAAGAGUUUGCGGAAGGGCUUAACGAGUUCAUGCGUUUUGCCGGAAAUCAAGAGAUUACUUUGAGAGAAGGUAAGACAUUUUGUCCUUGUAUUCGUUGCGAUAAUAGUAAAUUCAUUCCUAUUGAAAGAGUAUGGAAUCAUUUGUAUCAAUAUGGAUUUACACCUAAUUAUAAAAUAUGGUAUUUUCAUGGGGAAGUUGAUACCGGAAAUAUGCCUAGUACUAGUGAAUAUGUACCAGUUAAUUUAGAGGAACCUAGAAUGGUAGUUGAAUCUAGUGAUACAAUGCAAAUGGUAUACGAUGCAUUUCGUGAAAACAUCUCUUCGUUUAUAGAAGACGGAGAGAGAGUUGAGGAACCAAAUUUAGAAGCAAGGAGAUUUUUUGAUAUGUUGGAUGCAGCUAAGCAUCCAAUAUAUGAGGGUUGUAAAAAAGAUCAUUCUCCUUUAUCGGCUGCAACUAGGAUGAUGACCAUAAAAUCAGAUUUUAAUUUGGCAGAAGACUGUGUAGAUGCAAUUGCUGAUUUUGUGAAAGAUUAUCUCCCCGAAGAUAAUAUGUGUCCAGCUUCUUACGACGAGGUCGAUAAACUUGUUUCGGGUCUAGGUUUGCCAUUUCAAAUGAUAGACGUUUGCAUCGACAACUGUAUGAUUUUCUGGAAAGCCGAUGCGAACUAUUUAGCAUGUAAAUUUUGUGGUAAACCCCGAUUUAAGGUCACUAGUGGAAGAGCUAAGGUUCCAUAUAAACGUAUGUGGUAUUUGCCAUUAGCUGAUAGGCUUAAAAGGUUAUAUCAAUCGGAACGCACAGCAAGUGCUAUGAGAUGGCAUAAAGAGCACUCAAGUGAAGGAGAAAUUGUGCAUCCCUCAGAUGCAAAAGCAUGGAAGCAUUUUCAAUCAGUUUAUGAGGAAUUUGCAUCAGAGAGCAGAAACGUCUACCUUGGAUUAUGUACUGAUGGUUUCAACCCAUUUGGAAAACAUGGAAGGCAAUAUUCAUUAUGGCCAGUAAUUGUCACACCUUACAAUUUGCCCCCCUCUUUGUGCAUGAAACGAGAGUUUCUAUUUCUCACCAUACUUGUUCCUGGUCCAGAACAUCCCAAACGAUCUCUAGAUGUUUUCUUACAGCCGCUGAUUUAUGAGUUGCAAGAGUUAUGGGCAAAUGGUGUCGAAACAUUUGACAUUUCAUGCAGACAGAACUUCAAGAUGCAUGCAGUGCUUAUGUGGACUAUCAGUGAUUUUCCUGCAUAUGGAAUGUUGUCUGGAUGGACAACACAUGGAAGGUUAUCGUGUCCACAUUGCCAGGAUAGUACUGAUGCAUUUCAGUUGAAACAUGGAAGAAAGACGUGUUGGUUUGAUUGUCAUAGAAGAUUUCUACCAAGUUCACAUCCUUAUCGCCGAAGCCAGACAUUGUUUACAAAGGGAAAAGUUGUUCAUGAUCCACCACCACCAGAGUUAGAUGGUAACUAUUUAUUGAGGCAGAUUGGAGAUUUUGGGGCAGAUACGACGGCUGAAUGCGGUGGAAAUGGGCAUGGCCCCGUCGAUGGUUAUGGCGACAGAGAAGAUUGUGACACUGGACAAUGACAAAGCUGAGAAAGAUAAGGUUAUACAGUAUUUGCAAAACUUAGCAUCUAAGGUUGUCAGCAAAUUUCCAGAUUUGCUUCAAGAAGAUGAAGAUGCAACUCAAGAAUAAGUCUUAUGCUUGUAGAAGAAGAAGCUUUAGUAACAAACGUGUGUUACAUAUUAUGUUUGUAGUUUUUUGGUUAAAGCUUUAGUAAUGAACUCUAUUGUAACUUUAACGGUUGUUUUAAGACUUUAGCAAAAUAUUUUGCUAAAGCUAUUUUAAUGUUAAAUGUUUAAGUAGGUUUCAAGUCUAAAAUAUAUUUGAUUUAGUCUUUUAAAUUUUCAUUGCAAUUUUAUUGAUUAAUAAAUAAUUAAAUUAAUUAAUUUUAUAAAUGGUCAGAAUUUCAUCAAGAAUAAAUGAUCACAAAUUCGUCAAAAAAUUUUACAACAAAGAGGUCAAUAAGUGGUCAGAUAUUUGUAGAUUAAAUUUGACAGUAAUACGUUAGAAAAUGGUUAGGAAUUUUUGACCGUUUACCGACGAUAAUUUCUGAUGACUUUUGUGACCAUUAUUUUGGUCAAAACUAUUUGACAAUUUUCUGACCAAAAUAAAUUUCUGACGGAGCUUUUCCGACGACUUUAUGUGGUCAGAGAUUGGACAAAAACUCGUUGUUUUGACCAAUUUCUAUCGGAUUUGGUGGUCAGAAAUCAAACUUUUCCUUGUAGUGUAUAGUUAAGAUUUAUUUGACGUCAAAAAAAGUUUAAGAUUUAUUUUAAAAACAUCAAUUGCAUGAUUAAAGGAAGAACCAAAUUAUUGAAUUCCAUAAAUACAUAUAAUUCAAUGCCCAUGUUGGUAUAGGUCGAAUACCUUUUAGUAUAAAUAGAUAGCCUUUCAACCCUAAUUCUCAUUCAUCAGUUUCAAACAUUUUCAAGUCAGAGACCCAAAAACGUCAAAUCAAAACACAGAGUCAUAAUGGGAUCUUUGGUUAAAAAUCUCCGACGAAGAAGCCAACCUCUUUGCUAUGCAGCCCGCUGGUGCCACCGUGCUUCUAAUGGUUCUUACAUCUGCCCUAGAGCUCGACCUUCUCGAGAUCAUAUCCAAGAAUGUUGCUCUCCCUUGGGGUCAACUGUCUCCCUCGGAUGUAGCUUCUUAUCUUCCGACCAAAAACCCUGAUGUUCCAAUCAUGGUUAACCGGAUCCUUAGGUUGCUUGCGGCUUACUUCAUCUUGACCCGCUCUAUUCGUUAGCUUUCUGGUAGCGGCGUGGAGCGUCUGUACGGAUUUGGACCAGUAUGCAAAGUACCUCAUUAAGAACAAAGAUGGAGUCGCACUCGAUGCACUCUUGUUUUUGGAAUGUCCAACUACACCAUCGUCAUGACCAAGAUUCUAGAGACCUGCAAAAGCUUUCAGGGAUUUUUUCGUUUGAUGUUGGUGCCUGGUGGUGGCAUUGGAGUCACUUUCCGUAAUCCGUAUGAUUGUCUCCAAGCACCCAUCACUUUCAUGGGAAUCCUCUAUGUCCCUCAUGUCAUUGCGGAAGCUGUUUCUUAUCCCGGUAUUGAACACAUUGGGGGAAAUAUGUUUCUAAAUAUCCCUAAAGAAGAUGACAUCUUCAUGAAGUUAAGUAAACUAGUCCUAUUAUAAUUCCUGACAACACGUUCUGUUUUUUUUUUCCGCUAAAUAUGUUAAUAUCAUUAACCGGUAAUGAAAGUGAUUACAAGUGGUCAAUUUCAAAACCUCUCCUUUGACCAGACGGCUUCCAGGUAAGUCGUCUACGCUAAGAAGACUUACCCAAAAGUCUUCUUCAUGAACAGAUCUGGAUAAAAACUCGAUUUCAUAUCUUAAAUUAGUGAAAUAACUUCCUUAGCAUACAAAAGUCUUUGCAAGCACACAAAGGCUGCAACUGGAAUGCUAAAUUUUGGAAUGGAAUUGUUUGGAAUGCAUCAUUCCACAGAAUUCCAAAAAAUAUUUACCAGUUACAUGGAAAACCUUUUGAAAUCAAUUCCAUAUAUUCCAAAAAUGGAAUAAAACUUAAAAACAAAUCCUUUGUAAAAUCUUUUCCAUUUGUUCCAUAUCAAAAAUGAUCAUGAAUGUGUGGGAUGAUUGGAAUUCCAAUUCCAAAACAAAUUUCAGUUUUUAUUCCAUUUUGUUGAUCAUUCCAAUUUUCCUUAUUCCACAUAUAAUUAUUCCUUUUAUUCCAUGUAUUCCUAUUAGGAAUAACCAGUUACAGCCAAAAGCUCAAACGAAAGUGACCCACCAAGAAUCGUAACAUUCAAUGUCUUUGUGAACCAUAAAAAUUUUAGUAUCAAAAUCUGGGUUUUUUGGAAUGAAUAUGGAGAGAAAGUAAAGAUAUUUUGUUUUUAGUUCAUAAGAAUUGAGAAAAGAGGAGGUGUAAAUCGAUUUUAGGUGCAUUAAGAGUUUCAAAUUAGUUGUUCAUGGUGGUUGGUGUAUUGAUGACAAUGACAAUCUUGUAAAUAUUUGAAGAUGAUGAAGUUGAGAGAGUAAAAGCCCAUUUUCGAAAAGAAAAAAUAAUUAAUGGCAUUUUCGUAAAUAAUUUGAACUUGUGGGGUGAAUAGGGAAAAUGAAAAUUUCAAAAAAAUCAUAGAUUAGUUUUGUGGUUGACUUUGAGUUUUGAGUCACUUUUGCAAAAAGCCUUAAUAAUUGUUAUAAAAAACGUAACAAUGAUGAUAUUGUUACGAAUUAAAAAUUUCGUCACAGUACUCUCAUUUUCUUGUAGUGAUCACACCGCUGGUGGCAGAAAGUGAAUGGAAGAAGAGUUUGAAUCUUUGGCAAGAAGAUGUGACAACUCAUCCCAUGGACCCCAUCCGUCCUGUGGAUGCUGGCUCUCGAUCUUAAUCAUUUACCUGUGAGCUCUCAUUGACUUUCCAGAUAGGUUAUUGGUGCGAUUGGCGUUACUCGAACCCAAUACCUCAUCUUUUAAUAAUUCCUCUCGCAAGACAAAUCGUCCAAUGGGGUGGGUUGCUACAGAAGAAUUGGUUUCAGAGGCUUUCAAGUUAUUUGCAACGUUUUUGGCACCUACAUCAUGGAGUUCUACAAGAUGAUUUGAUCACUUCAACUUGUUUCUAUUUUGUCGUUGUAUUUUUGUGUGACAAUUUGAAAUCGAUGUUAAUCGUUGUUUUGUCGUUGUUGUUGUUGACUUUGUUUGGUCUGAAAUGCGCAACCGUGAACUUUUGUCGUUGUACAAUAUAAUAUGUCAAUACCAUGUUGGAAUCGAGUUUCACGUUGUUUAUACAAGAGCUUUCAAAAAAUUUAAUGAGGACCCUGGUCACAAAUAGGAGAUUAAUGUGUACAUCGCUGAUUAGGAUUUUGGAUUGUAUAUCUCUUGUAUUUGCCCGGAAAAAAUCCCAGUAUUUUGCAUAAGAUUUUGAAUUUUUGGAGAUGGACAGUAAAAGCAUGAUUAAUGAGGAGUUAUCACAAGAGUUUUUAAAUAUACUAGAUUUUAUAACUACGCGGGAGUUUGCUUUAAAAUUUUAAUUUAGUUUUUGUAAUACAUUUUAAAUGCCAAAUAUUAUUGAUUUAUACAAAUUUUACUUUAUGAAUAUACUUAAAAUAUUAUUUGCUGUUUUCCUAUUGAUAUUUGUUUAUUAAUUGAAACUUUUUAGAAUAACUAAUUCUUAGCUAUAUAUUUUUAUUAUAAAAAUAUAAAUUGAUAUUAUUAUCGUAUUCUUAUUUUCAUGAAAGAUUAAUUUUUAUCUACUAUUAACAAGUCAUACCUAUAUUAUUUCUUCUUAUUUAUAAUAAUGACAUUAUAAUCAUUUUUUAACCAUCAUAAACCAACACUAUUGAGCUCUUAAGGCUCUAAAAUUUAAUUUUCAACCACUUUUUUCUCAUUAUAAACCAACAAAUCUUCAUUUCCUCUCAUUUCUUCUAUAUUUCCAUCUAAAAAACUCUCAUAACUUUCAUUUUCAUAAGCACAAACUUCAUAUUUUCGAAUUUAUUCAUUAAUGAAUCGUCAAAGGCGGUUCUUUAUGUUCAUAUUUGGAGUUUGGAUGGUUGAAAAGGUUGGAAACGAGCUUUACACCAGAAAAAGAUAACUAUUUACAUGGUUUUCGUCAUUUUUCAGAUCUGUUUCGAGAUAAUAGACUGUUUUGUAUGUCUACGCCUAUAUAGUCUACUUAACAACGUACAUGUCAAUUUUGAAAUUGACCAAACAAUUUUUUUUUGUACCGCAAACUUCCCCAGCAGUCUUCGUCUUUACCUUUGAUAACAAAAAAAAGAAAAAUUUAGUUAGACUUACUAAGAUAUCUAUGUAAAAGAUGUUAGUUUUGCAUUUGGCCGAAAUUUUGACUUUUUAUUGUAGACUUCAACAGAAGUCUACGAAGUGUAGACUGCCUGAGAAGUUUGCAAAAGAUCAGUUUUGCAUUUGGCCAAAACAUUGACUUCGUUGAAUAAGUUAGUUUUGUGUUUGACUAAAAAAUUUAAAAAUUUAUUAAAUUAUAGAUUUCAUAUGCAAUCUUCUUAUCUUAGAAAAAAAGUUAGACUGCAUGUGAAGUCUACUAUUUUAUUUUGGUCAAAUGCAAAACUAACCCGUCGAAUUUGAGAAUAAACUUCAAACGAAGUCUAAAAAUAUGUAGACGUUCGUUUUCAAUUACUCGUAGAAAGUCAAACUUUGUCAAUUGCAAAAUUAAUCUCUUUCACAAAAUUUUAAAAUUGUAGACUACAUCUGAAGUCUACUUCUGAAAGUCAAAUCAUAGAUGAAUUUUAGUCGAUUGAAAAAACUAACAUUUUUGAUGUAUAGACUGAAAUGGAAGUCUACAUGUAUAAAAUCACAAUUUUUUUUUAAAUAAAGAAAGUAACCCGUAAAAUUUUCAAUUGCAAAAACUAAUCCAAAGAGUACAUCUAUUUGAUAGUCUACAUUAGUAAACUGAAAAGAACAUCUAUAUCUUUGUAGAUUGAAUAUGAAGUCUACAUAGAAAAAUAUAUUAAAAGUGAAUUUAUAUACUAUUCAUUAAGUUUUUUCUUAAAAAAUUGUUUUACAGUGUGUAUUAGUUAAUCCUAAUUGGUUCGAGUGAUUUUGAAAAGAAAAUAUGUUAUAAUUAUGAAAGUAUAAUACUUUUGAUUUGACUAUGAUCUUAGCUAAUAACUGUAGACGUAUUUGUAAGUCCACUACCUUUAUAGUUUUACGAAACAUAAAAUAUUUCUCCGCUAAUUAUAUAAAUUGUAUUUCUUUUUCUGAAAAUAGCUUUGUUACAUGUUGUAUACGAAGAAUGGGUGGUGAAAGACUCUUUGUGGGAGUUUGGGGUCAAUAAUCAGAAAGGAUGAAUAAUGUUCUUUGUGCAUGAUGGUUGUACACAUGGUGAACUUCUUGAAAUGGCAUAAAAAGAUUAUGAUCUGGACAAGAAAAUCGAAAAGAUGGUGCUAACAUAUUCCUUACCAGACAUCAUUUUACAACAAAUGACUCCGAAUAGGCGACUCCUCUUAUGCAUGUCACAAGUUAUUGACAGGUGCAGAACUUGAUCGAGUUAUCUAAGACACACUUUUUACGCCUUUUUGAAUCAAGCCAGUGCGAAGUAAACUACAAAUUUUUGGUUUAAUUAUAUAUUAGAAAGUAAGUGGUGACGUCUUUGUAAAUCUACAAUUAUAGACUGCAGAUAAAGUUUACGUCGUAAAUUCUAUUAGAAGUGCAUUUGUGUAUUAUUAAUCAUAUUUUCUUCAUGAUUUAAUUAUUUUACAGUGUAUGUUAGUAAAAUUUAAUGGUCUUGGAUGAAUUUCAAAAGUUAAUGUGUUAUAAUUUUACAUUUGAAACUUAUUGCAAAAUUUGUGAUUAGUUUUACUCUUGAAACUUCUUAGAAAUUUUGUAUAGAUUUUCUUCUUAUCACAUGUGUGUUAGUUAUUAUUUUAACAUAUGGUGGCUUUACUUUUUUGGUUGAUUAGAUCUUGUGAAAAAUAGAUACCUAACAAAAAAAUUAAUAAUAUCAUACAAGUGAAACACAACUAAAAAAGAAUACAAUGUUUAUAGAUUGUGCAUUAAACAAUUAUUUAAAAAUCAAUAUUUUAUUAUGAGAAAUUAUUACAAAGCAAUAUAUUAAAAAGUAUUCUUGAGUGUGUUUAAUUUUUUAUAAUCUUGAUGCCUCAAAUAAAGUCUUUGAAAAGAGUACAUGCAAAGUAAAAUAAAGUUAUGAGAAAAAAUAAGAUAAAAAAAUCAAAUCAUAUUUUAGUAGACUUUUUAUUAAGUUUACCAAAAUUUAUUGUUUAGUAGACUUUAGUUGAAGUUUACACUAACGGAAAUUUUUUAUAUCUAAAAGUGUCCAUUUAGCAAAUUUGAAAAUAAUUUAUGGUUUGUGUUUUGUGGUUUGUGGAGGAGAAGAGAACAUCCAUGGAAGAAAAUACAUGCAAAAUAAGAUAAAAUUAUUUUAAACUUUGUGGUUUAGUAAACUUCGUGGUUUAGUAAACUUCGUAUGAAGUCUACUAGCUUUAGUUUAUAAGCAUGAUUCUUUAAAAAUCUACACAGUCUAAUAAUUUUCACAUCUGAAAAAAUAUGUACAUUUUGAAAUGUGAAAAUAAUUUUAAAUCUGAAAAUACUUUACAAAAUAUAAUUUAUAAGAUAUAAUAGUAGCAAAGUAAAUGCACAGAGCUUGAUCUAUAAUUUUUUUGAAUAUAAACAUAUAAAUACACAUUUAAAAUUUAUUAAUCUAAAACUUACAUUUUUAGAGGAGAAGAUGAAAUCCAUGAGUGAUAAUACCUAAAAAUAGAUAGUAUUGUGAGAAAGAAAUAACAUAAAAAUACACAUUUAAAAACUAUAGAUCUAAAACUUACAUUUUUGAAAGAGAAGAUGAAAACCAUGAAUCAUAAUACCUAGAAUGACAAGAUAAUAUUGUGAGAAAGACUUGAGAGAAUUUUAAAGAGAAGAAAGAGAAAUAAGAGAGUUUUAGAGAGAAAUGAGAGAACUUUAGAGAGAAUGAAAAGAGUUUUAGAGAGAAGUGAGAGAGUAAGAAUUUGUGCAGCCAUUUUAGAGAGAGAUUAUAUAAAUUUCAUUUAUAUAGUGAGAUAAAAAUGUAACUAGGUUUAAAAUUUACGACACUCUAGACUUCUUUUGGAGUAUAUUUUAUUGUAACUUAGUAAACAUUUUUGGAAGUCUACUAUAAUAAUUUCAUUAUUGUUGUUUAUUUUUUAUUGUUUUAAUAUUUUUAAUAUAUAAUUUGCUAAAUUUAUUUUUUUAUUUUUUAUUGGUUAUAGUAUAUGAUUUCACAUUUUUACUCUUAAGGAACUCAACUUAGUUUAAAUAUAAUGGUUUUUUGUAAACAAACUUGAAAAAUGUAGACUGAAAAAGACAUCUCCAGCUAAAUAGACUUUAUUGUAGGUCUACGAAACCCUAAACUACAAAUCCCAAACCCUAAAUGUUUUGUUUUAUAAUAAAAAGUCUUAAUUACUAUAUCAAAUAUCAAAUUAUAUAAAAUAUAAACUACUAAACAUUAAUAUACAAAUUUAAGUCGAGAAAA